AGUAAACUUGACUAAUAAACUAAAUUGUGUUAAUUAAUCUGUGAGUGCGUGUUCUUAACAAUUAAGUGUAAUUAUUAUAAAGUUUAAUUGAAAAGUGUUAACAAAAUUAAUUAAUUUUAGUACCCGUUUAAUAUUUUUUAAAUAAAUCGUUUACAAAAUGAUGGAUAUAAUAAGUAAGCUUCGAAGUCAACGUGGUUCAAGUGGAACACGAGAAUUUCGUGAAGUAACAUUACGAGACGCACAAAUUCAAUUAAAUCAUGAAUUGGAACGAUUAGUAAAAACUGCACCUGAAUCAAAACGAGAAUGUAUGCAGAAGGAAUUCGAUAGUUUUUCAAAUUUAUUUGGCAGAUUUUUAAAUGAAGAAGGACCAGCAGUUGAAUGGAAUAGAAUUGAAAAGUUACCAACAAAUGCUGUUCGUGAUUAUACUUCCUUGCCCCAACCAGAUCAGGAAGAAAUUCGUAAAAUGCUGGGAAAAUUAAUUGUUGUUAAGCUAAAUGGUGGUCUCGGUACGUCAAUGGGUUGCCAUGGUCCUAAAUCAGUUAUUCCUGUACGAAGUGAACUUACAUUUUUGGAUUUGACUGUACAACAAAUAGAACAUCUCAACAGAGCUUAUAAUGUCAACGUGCCAUUAGUGCUCAUGAACUCAUUUAACACCGACGAAGAUACUCAAAAAAUCAUUCGAAAAUAUAAAGGAUUCAAAGUAGAAAUUGUUACAUUCUGUCAAUCGUGCUGCCCAAGAAUAAAUCGUGAAACAUUAACACCAAUUGCUAAGAAUUGUAACGUUGAUGAAGAUUCAGAAGCAUGGUAUCCACCAGGACACGGUGACUUUUAUUCAAGUUUAGAACGAUCUGGUUUACUAAAAAAAUUUAUAGCUGAAGGUCGUGAAUAUUGCUUUUUAUCCAAUAUUGAUAAUUUGGGUGCAACAGUUGAUCUCAAUAUUCUUAAUUUACUAUUAAACCCAUCACAACAUAUAUCAUCUGAAUUUGUUAUGGAAGUGACCGAUAAGACUAAGGCUGAUGUUAAGGGUGGUACUUUAAUGCAAUAUGAAAAUAAAUUGAGAUUGCUUGAAAUCGCACAAGUGCCUAAAGACCAUGUCGACGAUUUUAAAUCGGUCAAAACAUUCAAAUAUUUCAAUACAAAUAAUUUAUGGGUGAAAUUAGAUGCUAUUCAAAGGGUUCUAGACGAAAAAACAUUAAAUAUGGAAAUAAUCGUAAAUAAUAAAACAUUAGAUAAUGGUAUAAAUGUUAUACAAUUAGAAACAGCUGUUGGUGCUGCAAUGAAAUGUUUUGAAGGAGCAAUUGGUAUAAAUGUACCACGUAGUCGAUUUUUACCAGUUAAGAAGACAUCAGAUUUACUAUUAGUCAUGAGCAAUGUAUACAGUUUACAAAGUGGUUCUUUAGUCAUGUCACCACAACGUAUGUUCCCAACAACACCAUUGAUUAAAUUGGGUGAUAAUCAUUUUGCUAAAGUCAAAGAUUGUUUAGCACGUUUUGAUAAUAUACCAGAUAUGUUGGAAUUAGAUCAUUUAACUGUUUCUGGUGACGUUACAUUUGGUAAAAACGUUUCUUUAAAGGGUACUGUUAUUAUAAUUGCUAAUCAUGGAGAUCGAAUUGAUAUUCCAUCAGGUGCACAACUUGAAAAUAAAAUAGUAUCCGGAAAUCUUAGAAUUUACACCCAUUAAAUACAUAAUGUGUGUCUGUCUACAUAUUAGGAUUAUUUCUUAAAAAUUCAAUUUAUAGCCAAUGAGAGUGCUUUGUAUAAAAAAUAAUGCCCAAUUAUUGUACUAUUUGCAAACAGC